AAUGUCAGAGAGCUUAACUCAAUGAUGUUAAUCAGAAAGUUUAGUAUACUCCGGGAUUCCGAGCUGAACGGAGCUGAGAAUUGUCGGAUAUACAAAAAAUAUUUAGAUCUGCUUAGCUGAGCAAACAAAGUGUAUAUGGAUAAGUGGAAAUUGGAGAUGCCCAAGCCUCCACCGCGCAAUGAGCCGGAUCUGCAGCCGGUGAACGGAAUCGUCCAACCGCCUGUCAUUCCACCUCCGAAUCGACCGGGCCGCAGGACCAAUGUGCUGGAGGACCUCAAGUCCGUGCUGAACUGCCUUUGGAGGAGUCGCUGGGCGUAUCACUUCCGGCAUCCCGUCGAUUCGGUGACCCUGGGUGUGCCCGAUUAUCACACGAUGAUCAAGCGCCCCAUGGACUUGAGUACGAUCAAGAAGCGAUUGCAGAACAACUACUAUUGGCAGGCCAAGGAGGCACUGGAGGACUUCGAGCUGAUCUUCAGCAACUGCAUGCUCUACAACCUGGAGGGCACACCGGUUCGUCAGGCGGGCAAGGAGCUGAGGAACGCCUACCACGCUCGACUGGCCUCCAUUGACAUGACCAAGGAGGAGGAGCUGAAGCCCAAGCCGGAGAAGCGCAAGCGAAGGGCUCCCGACACUCGGGACAAUUCCCCGGCUCGAACAGUAGUCCCUCCGAGUCAUCAUCCUGUGGAAUAUCCUGUUGGUCGGCCUUCCAGACACUGUCCAAAACCCAUUCCCGGUGUCACUCUACUGUCAGCGCCUUUUCCAAGACUUUUGCCCCCCGGUUUCAUACCUUUUAUGCCCGGCUCCCUGUCCAAUCCGUUGACAUCAAUGUAUCCGAUUCCCUUUAAAAAUUCCUGGCAGAUAUCCCCAGAAAUAGGGGGAAAUACUGUACAGGUGGAAUCGGAAACCAAGGAUACUCCACCAUAUUCCUUGAAGCCAAUUGUGCUGCCACCUCCGUUGACUACUGCUCCACUUGAACCGAUCCUCAUGCCUUUGCCAAAGAAGCCAACUCUGCCACCAGUGCCACCGUCGCCGCCACCACCACCAUCACCUCCACCACCGCCUCCACCACCACCAAAACUCAAACCUCCUGUAAUCUGUUACAAGUCUUUGGACCGUUUGAUUGAAAAGAGCCACUGCGACCAUCUUUUAAAGUCGAUGGUGAAACGGAAACGCAGACAGUUCACCUGGGCCUUCAAUCGUGCCGAUUACUGGCGCAGAUACUCCCAGGAUUCGGACUACGACCACGAUGCCGAGGAAAAGCUGGACUGGAAGGUGCUGCAGGAUCGCUUGGACUCCGAUAUCUUCGUGAACUUCGAUGGUUUCGUGGUGUCGGUGCGGAAAAUGUUCCAGAAUGCGUUGCGCUGCUUUCCGGACGAUGGAUUGGUGAAGGCAUCGGUAAAGAAGUCCAACGAGAUCUUCGAAAGAAGACUGCCCAAGUACAGGGAACUAAUAGCCAGUGCCAAAGAAAAGGCCAGAGAAGUGUUGGCCACUAAAAAGAUUGAGUUGAAUGCGGUUGAAAAUUUAAAUGAUAAGGAUACCAAUGAAGUUAAUAAGCCUGAAAUCAGUUCGGAAUCCAAUUUAGAAGUUGCUUGCAAAACGGAACCAAUGACAGAAAAACUCGAGACGAGUGACCGACUUAUCGAAUCUCCCAAAUCGGAAAGUAAUCAAAUCAACAAUGAAAGCAACGACCUAGGAAAAGAAUUAGAUAUUUUAUCUGUCGUGUAGUGGAGUGUAAGGAGUAAUGGAGUGCAGUCUCUGCAACUGAGUUAUUAAUGGUUAAUUUAUGUUAUAAUAAUUUGUGAUAUGUUCUUGAUAACUGAUUUAACAACUACUUUACAAACAAUAUAUAACACUUUUAAACUGAAA